AUGUGCGCCCAGUGCCGGAAGCACUACAUGCUUCUUGCCCUUGAAGCCCCCGAUAUAACCUCUGGAAGACACCCGCUAGCUCUGUACGAACGCACUAGGGAUACAUACCCUGCGGUCUUUACGGCCCAAUUCCGUGUUGGCGACCCUGAAGAGACCAUCAGAAGACUUUUUAGUGAAGUUCAGCAGCGUGCCUCCCAACUCUUCAAGAAAACUGUCCAUGUUUAUGCGGACGUCCGGAUUUAUUCGUUCAGAUCCCCGGCGCAGCCCCCUGCAGUCUGGGCUAGCUUUCUCAUUGACUUUCCAGUCCUGGUUCAAGUUGAUCAAGAUUUAAAGGAUGCUAUCUUUGGUGAUGUUGCUCCGCAUGCUCAGGCUGUAGGCUGGUCUGAAGGCAUUCCUCUUGGUAUGGAGGAAGAGGACUCGGACCUAGACCCAGACGAGCAGGAUGACUUGUGCUUGUUCCGGUUACAGUGGUUCAUGAAGAGGCUUACACACUUCCCUGGUGAUGUCCGGCUUUGA